AGAAACAGUCUUGUUGUCUCAUAAUUCUUUGCUUACAAUGUUUCGGGUGAGCAACAAUUUGAUCGGACUCCUGAAUUUGUUGAGUCUAAUCUUAUCAAUUCCAAUACUUGGCGUAUCGUUGUGGCUCCGAGAGCAUGGGAGUUCCGAAUGCGAGAGAUUCCUCGAAUUCCCAUUAUUGGUUUUGGGAGUAUUUCUGUUUUUGGUGUCAUUGUUGGGAUUGAUUGGUUCAUGUUGUCGAGUUUCAUUGCUUUUAUGGAUUUACUUAUUUGUUACGUUCGUGCUUAUAUUGGGGCUGUUCGUUUUCACGGUUUUCUCCAUUGCUGUGACCAACAAGGGCGUCGGGAAAGUGAUAUCAGGGAGAGGGUAUAAAGAUUAUCGGCUUGGGGAUUACUCGAAUUGGUUGCAGAAACAUGUCGUUAAUGGCAGUAAGUGGGUUAAGAUCAAGAGUUGCUUGGUUGAAAGUCAGGUUUGCACGAGUCUCGGCAAUGAUGUUGAGAAUCUGCAGGCUGAUCACUUCUACCAGAUGAACUUGUCUCCUCUCCAGUCUGGUUGCUGCAAGCCCCCUACUGACUGUGGUUUCAUAUACAAGAAUGCAACCUUCUGGGUGGCACCGAAAUCAGGCCCAGCUGUAACAGAUACUGACUGCACAACAUGGAGCAACAACCAGGAAACACUGUGCUAUGAGUGUAAGUCAUGCAAAGCAGGGGUUUUGGCUAAUUUGAAGAAAGACUGGAGAAAGUUAGCCAUCCUCAACGUCUCUGUCACUAUAUUUCUUCUGAUUAUAUACUCUGUUGGCUGCUGCGCUCUCAGGAACAAUCGAGCGGAUAACUGCAAGAGAUACAGACCAUACCGCUAAACUAGCAACAAUGGUCAUCCUGAGAUGGAUGAUC